CUUUGAUCAGCGGAGAACCUGGGAGAGACCUGAAUAUGGACUCCAUGACUAAUAGCACCCCUGAUUACUACGAUUAUAGCAACUGGACCGAUAACCCCAACAUACUGGUGGAUGACUCUUCCCAAACCCGCAGGCUGCCUGCUCCAGAUGUGAUCGCCCUGGUUAUCUUUGCAGUCGUCUUCCUGGUGGGAGUGCCAGGCAAUGCCCUGGUGGUCUGUGUGACGGGGUCCGAGGUCAGGCGAACCAUCAAUGCCAUCUGGUUUCUCAACCUGGCGGUGGCUGACCUCCUCUCCUGCCUGGCGCUGCCCAUCUUGUUUGCAUCCAUUGUCCAGCACAACGACUGGCCCUUCGGUGGCACUGCUUGUGGAAUCCUGCCCUCUCUCAUCCUGCUUAACAUGUUUGCCAGCAUCUUGCUCCUGGCCACGAUCAGCGCCGACCGCUUCCUGCUGGUGUUUAAUCCCAUCUGGUGCCAGAACUAUCGAGGGGCCCGCUUGGCCUGGGUGGCCUGCGGUGUGGCCUGGGCCUUGGCUCUGCUGCUGACCGUACCUUCCUUUGUGUUUCGUAAGGUCCAUGUGGAGCACUUCCCACCCAAGGUGAUGUGCGUGCUUGACUAUGGUAAGGACGGUUUAUAUACAGAGAGGGCCGUGGCCAUCAUCCGGCUGGUCGUGGGCUUCCUGGGCCCGCUGGCCACACUUACAGUCUGUUACACCAUCCUUCUGAUCCGGGCCUGGAGCCGCAGUGCUACCCGCUCCACCAAGACUCUCAAGGUGGUGGUGGCAGUGGUGGCCAGCUUCUUUGUCUUCUGGCUGCCCUACCAGGUGACAGGGAUGUUGCUGUUUUUUUUCCACAAGGCAAACUUCAAAUCCGUGUCCACUUUGGAUGCCCUGUGUGUCUCCAUAGCUUAUAUCAACUGCUGUAUUAACCCCAUCAUCUACGUGGUCGCUGCCCAGGGCUUUCAUGCCCGGUUCCUCAAGUCCCUCCCCUCCAGGAUCCGGGAUGUGUUGGUCGAAGAGUCCGUGGGCAGGGAGAGCAAGUCCAACACGUUCUCCACGGUGGACACCCCGACCCUGAAGAGCCAGGCGGUGUAAGGCGAGGCCUCUCUGGCCACCAUCUUUCCGGCGCUCAACCAAACUUCCGGUCCAUUCACAUUGCUUAUUGGAUCUUGGCGAGGUGGGUGACGGUUGAGUGAAUUCGCCUCCAUGCCUUCCAUCUUUCCCGGCCUUGUCCUUCCUCUUCCAGGCGAACCCUUCUCAUCACUCGGCAUUUCCAAGAUUAGCACAUCCUUCUAGGGACCCACAACCUUUCUUUCCAUCCAAGGCCUUUGGAAAACAAACAGCACCCAAUAUACCUGGAGUCCUUCCAUAGAACAACACAUUCGUGUGCAGAGAGUGUGAAUACGUUAGAUACAUAGAACCCAGACAAACAGAAACAUUCAAACCUUGAAGAAAAGAGUUCUAUAUUUAUUUUAUGGAGAGUUGGCAAAAA